CAAAAUGCUGGAGAUGCGUCUGAAAUAAGAAAAAAAAGAAUAUUUCUAAUUCCAUUUAAUGUUAUUCCAUUGCAGUGCCCCAGAUAAGCCGCAGCUAGAUCAGGCGCAACAUGACAGCCCAGCGGGCAUAAGGUGAAAGGAACUAAAGGCAGCUCCAUUCACGUGGCCAGCGAAAAGUCCGCAUUUUGUAAAGGAAAUCGAACGAGAGCUGAUUAUAAAACGGAGCCGGAAGCGCUCUAGUGGAACACGACCUCAACGGCCCGAGCGACAGACAGCGAGCGAGCGAGUGAGCCAGAGACCCCAAAAGUGAGAGAGAGUGCGAGAGAGAUAGAGAGUGGGAGAUAUAGAGCGGCAGAGAGUGAGAGCGAGAUGUCGCCUCGCCGCGGCCUUAUCGCGCUUUUCUUUGUGCUCGCCGUGCUCUGCGCCCAGCUGGCGGAGGCACAGCGUACGCCACAGGCGCAGCACGGACGUCGCGAUCGUCCGCGCAAUCCACCACGGCAAUACAUUAAGACGCAUCCGUGUGAGCGUUCAUCAUGUUAUCCGGCAACGGGUAAUUUGUUGAUUGGACGCGAGAAUCGCCUGACGGCCAGCUCCACGUGCGGCCUUCGCUCGCCGGAGAGAUUCUGCAUCUUGUCGCAUCUGGAGGAUAAGAAAUGUUUUCUGUGCGAUUCGCGCGACGAGACACGCAACGAUCCGUACAAGAAUCAUCGCAUCGGACAGAUCAUCUACAAGACCAAGCCGGGCACCAAUAUACCCACCUGGUGGCAGUCGGAGAACGGCAAAGAGAAUGUCACCCUGCAACUGGACCUGGAGGCGGAAUUUCAUUUCACGCAUUUGAUCAUCACAUUCACCACCUUCCGGCCGGCGGCCAUGUACAUUGAGCGCAGCUUUGACUUCGGCGAAACGUGGCAUGUGUAUCGCUAUUUUGCCUACGACUGCGCCGAAUCCUUCCCGGGCGUGCCCACUGCGCUGCAUAAUAUCACCGAUGUGAUGUGCACGUCGCGCUACUCGUAUGUGGAGCCAUCGCGCAACGGUGAGGUCAUCUUCCGUGUGCUGCCGCCGAACAUCAAUGUGACAGAUCCGUAUGCGGAGCACGUGCAAAACCAGCUGAAGAUGACCAAUUUGCGCAUCAAAAUGAUCAAGCUGCAUAAGCUGGGCGACAAUCUGUUGGACAAUCGUCUGGAGAACGAGGAGAAGUAUUAUUAUGGCAUCUCGAAUAUGGUUGUGCGCGGUUCCUGCUCCUGCUACGGCCAUGCCUCGCAGUGCUUGCCCCUGGACGAUGUCGCCACGCAGGAUUACGAGAUGGUGCAUGGACGUUGCGAGUGCACACACAAUACGAAGGGCCUGAACUGCGAGACCUGCGAGGACUUCUACAACGAUCUGCCCUGGAAGCCGGCCUUUGGCAAGCAAACGAACGCGUGCAAGAAAUGCGAAUGCAAUGGACAUGCCGUCAGCUGUCACUUCGAUGAGGCUGUGUUUGUGGCGUCGGGUCAUGUCUCGGGCGGAUUUUGUGACAAUUGUCUGCACAAUACGCAGGGUCAGCAUUGUGAGGAGUGCAUGGCCUUCUUCUAUCGCGAUCCCGCCGAGCAGCUAAGCAGCCCGAAUGUGUGCAAGCCCUGCGAUUGUGAUCCCGAUGGCGCUUUGGACGAGGGCAUUUGUGAUUCGGUUAAUGAUCCAGAGAAUGGCAUCGAGGCGGGCGCUUGUCACUGCAAGCCGAAUGUCAAGGGUCGCCGUUGCGACAGAUGCAAGGAUGGCUACUGGAAUCUGGAUCCAAACAAUCCCGUAGGCUGUGAGGCCUGCACCUGCAAUACGCUCGGCACUGUCAACAAUUCCGGCUGUAAUAUGCGCACCGGCGAGUGCCAAUGCAAGCGCUUGGUCACCGGCAAGGAUUGCAAUCAAUGCCAGCCGGAAACGUUUGGUCUCUCCGAAUCCGAGGACGGGUGUACGCUCUGCAAUUGCGAUGUGGGCGGCUCCUAUGACAACUAUUGCGAUGUGCUGACGGGUCAGUGUCGCUGCCGCUCCCACAUGACCGGACGCACCUGCUCGCAGCCAAAGCAAAACUAUUAUAUACCCGAUCUGCACGUGGUGCACGAGGCCGAGGUGGCCGACAUGUGCAUCUCAUAUGGCAGCAAUGGCAACUGCAGCACUGUGCCACAGGCGCCACCCACCAACCAGGAUCCACAUGCACCCGAACAUACGGGCAUUGGUUUUACGCGCGUGCCGGAGAACUCCGAGCUGGUCAUCACCGUCGACAAUAUACCGCGCUCCAUGCCCUACGAUGUGCUCAUACGCUAUCAGUCCACAUCGCGCAACGACUGGGAGGAUGCCUACAUAACGCUGGUGCGUCCCGACGAGAUCGAUCCGCAGGGCGAGUGCGCCCAGGCCGUGCAAUCCCCCAUAACCGAGGCGCGUGUGCCAUUCUCGUUGCCCGAACGCGAUCGCCAGGUGGUGGCCCUGCACGACGUCUGCCUGGAGGCGGGCAAGGUGUACAAGUUCCGCAUUUUGUUCGAGCAUAGACGCCGCAACGAGGACAAUCCAACGGCGACCAUACUGGUCGACUCGCUUACACUGAUACCACGCAUUGACGUGACGCCCAUAUUCCAGGGCUCGCCCGUGGCCGAUCUGCGCCUGCGCGAAUACAUCAACAUGAACUGCAAUCAAUCUCUGUACGAUAUGCGCUACAAGGAGCACACGGCCGCCAUUUGCCGCGAGCUGGAGCAGGAUGUGAGCAAGUACAUCUUCGAUGGCGCCAGCAUGUGCAACUGCAAUCCCACCGGUUCGCUGAGCAAGGUGUGCGACCCCAACGGCGGCUUCUGUCAAUGCAAGCCGAAUGUUGUGGGCCGCCAGUGCGAUCAGUGUGCGCCGGGCACCUAUGGCUUCGGGCCGGAGGGCUGCAAGGCCUGCGACUGCAACAGCAUUGGCAGCAAGGACAACAACUGCGACCUGCUGACGGGUCAGUGCGCUUGCCAUCCGAACACCUACGGCCGGGAGUGCAAUCAGUGUCAGCCGGGCUAUUGGAAUUUCCCCACGUGCCGCAGCUGCGAGUGCAAUGGACACGCCGCGCUCUGUGACCCGCUGACCGGACAGUGCCUUAACUGCCAGGACUCUACGACUGGCUUUGGCUGCGACUCCUGCCUGGAUGGCUACUAUGGCGAUCCGCUGCUGGGCAGCGAAAUUGGCUGUCGCGCCUGUCGCUGUCCGGACACCAUAGCGAGCGGCAUGUCGCAUGCCGAAGGCUGUUCCUUGGACACGCGCAACAACAAUAUGCUCUGCCACUGCCAGGAGGGCUAUUCGGGCGCACGCUGUGAGAUCUGCGCGGACAAUUACUUCGGUUCACCCGAAUCGGGUGGCAGCUGCUCGAAGUGCGAUUGCAGCAACAAUAUUGACAUCUACGAUACGGGCAACUGUGACCGCCAGACGGGCGCCUGUGUCAAGUGCUUGUACGAUACCACGGGCGAUCACUGCGAGCUCUGCCGCGAUGGCUACCACGGCGAUGCACUGCAGCAGAACUGCCGGCAGUGCGAGUGCGAUUUCCUGGGCACCAACAAGACGCUGGCCCACUGCGAUCGCUUUACCGGCCAGUGUCCCUGUCUGCCCAAUGUCCAGGGCCUGCUGUGCAACCAGUGUGCUCUGAACCACUGGAAGAUCGGCUCCGGUGAGGGCUGUGAGGCCUGCAAUUGCGAUGCCAUCGGCGCCGUGCAGGAACAGUGUCACACGUUUACCGGCCAGUGCGAGUGCAAGCCGGGCUUUGGUGGACGUGCCUGCAAUCAGUGCCAGGAGCACUACUGGGGCAAUCCCAACGAGAAGUGCCAGCCCUGUGAAUGCGAUCAGUUCGGCGCCGCCGACUUCCAGUGCGAUCGGGAGACGGGUCAGUGUGUUUGCCACGAGGGCAUCGGUGGCUACAAGUGCAACGAAUGCGCACGCGGCUAUCUCGGCCAGUUCCCGCACUGUGCACCAUGCGGUGAAUGCUUCAACAACUGGGAUCUUAUACUGAAUGCCUUGGAUGAGUCCACGCAAGCAACGAUACUGCGCGCCAAGGAGAUCAAGCAGGUGGGCGCAACGGGCGCCUACACGGCCGAGUUCAGUGAGCUGGACAAGAAGCUGCAGCACAUCAGGGACUUGCUGCAGAACACCUCGGUCAGUCUGCAGGAUAUGGAUCAGUUCGAUGCCGCUGCCAAUGAGCUGAAGCAGCAGCUGGGCGCCUCGCAUCAGCGACUGAGCGAAACGGAACUCAAUCUAGAUGAAAUUUAUAACUCACUCAGUUUGUCCGCCGUGGAGCUGGAGGGCCUGCAGAAUCAUUCGCGUCUCGUGCAGCAGCUAUCGCGUGAGCUCAAGGAGAACGGCAUACAGCUGCAGGAGUCCAAUAUCGAGGGCGCACUCAACCUAACCCGACACGCCUUCGAGCGUGUCAGCAGCUUGUCCGCGCUCAAGGAUGAGGCCAAGGAACUGGCCUCCAAUACGGAUCGCAACUGCAAGCGCGUCGAGACGCUCUCCAACAAGAUUAAAGACGAGACAGAUGCCAUUGCCAACAACGACAUGACCAUAGCCGAAUAUCGCGCAGAGCUGAGCGGCUUGACCUCGCAAAUUCCCGAGCUGAACAAUCAGGUGUGCGGCAAACCAGGUGAUCCCUGUGACAAUCUCUGUGGCGGCGCUGGCUGUGGCAAAUGCGGCGGCUUCCUAUCCUGUGAGCAUGGUGCGCGCGCACACUCGGAGGAGGCCCUCAAGGUGGCCAAGGAUACGGAGCUGGCGAUUACCAGCAAAAAGGACGAAGCGGAUCAGACCAUACGCGCUCUCACCCAGGCCAAAUUCAAUGCCUCGGAGGCGUAUCAGAAGGCCAAGGUUGGCUUUGAACAGUCGGAGCGUUAUUUGAACCAGACGGACGCGGCCAUCAAGCUGGCCGAGCUGCUGAUCAGUGCGGUCAUGGAUUUCCGGCAGAAUAAGACCGCGCUGCCCGGCGAGAGCAAGCAGCUGGCACAGGACACGCUGCGUCUGGACCUCACACUCGAUCCCAAACAGAUCGAGACACUGGGCGUAAAGAUCAACGACGCCGUCUCCUCGCUCAAUAACGUCGAAUCGAUUAUAUACAAGACACGACCCGAUUUGGAGCGCGUUAACAGCUUGCAGAGCCUGGCAAAUAGCACCAAGGCGACGGCCAAUACGAUACUUGAGCAGGCCAAUUUAGUGGUCCAGAAUCUGGCAUCGGCGAGCGAAUCACAGAGCAAGGCACAAGAUGCCAUAAAGCAAGCGAACAGCAACAUCGAGCUGGCCGACAGGGAUCUGGAGCAAAUCGAUCUGGAGACCAAGGAGGCCGAAUCGCCGGCCAAUGUCACCGCACAGCAGGUGGUGGAGUUGGCCCGCAAGGUGCAGCGAUUGGAGAAGAACAUCCUAAAGAACGAACUCGCCGCCAAGGAGAUCACCAAGGAGGCGAAUCGCGUCAAACUGGAGGCGCUGCGUGCACGUGGCGAUGCCAGCAAUCUGCAAUCCUCCACAGGCGCCACCAACCAAACGCUCACGGAUCGCGCCAGCCGCUCGGAGAAUGCGCGAGAGCGCGCCAAGCUCCUGUUGCAGCGCGCCUCCAAGCUGACGGUGGACACCAACGCCAAGCUCAACGAACUCAAUCUGCUGCAGGAAACCUAUAUCGAGAAGAACGAAAAGCUGGCCAAGCUGGAGAGAUCCAUACAGCCGCUCAACGAUGAGCUCGACAUUUAUCUGCGCAACAUUCAGGAAAAUGCCGAUCGCUAUCGACAGUGCACAGUUUAGAGAGUUGCAAGCCCAGCGGCCAGAUCCACCCAUUGCCAUAUUUGAUGAACAAAUGCGUAAAGCAGCAGCAGCAGCAACGAGAAGCGAAGGCACAGUUAUUUCUAUUUAACGCCGUUAAGUGUAACCGUUACGUUUUGUACUAUAAGCAAUCAAAUGUUAAAUGCAAUAUUCAUUUCAAAUUUAUGCCAUUUUAAUUGAGCUAAGUUUUUUUUAAAACAAUACAAUAUUUUGUAAU